UUUAAAAAAAAAAAAAUUGGCGACAGUGAUAUUCUUUUUAUCCCGUUGCUUUGUUGUGCGUACAUACGUACAAAUUAAUGUAUGUAUGUACAUAUAUUGCAUCAGCUAACUUAGAAAAAUUUUACUUGGCGACAGUGAUUUUCUUUUUAUCCCGUUGCUUUUUUGUGAAGUUGUGAAGUGUCACAUUUCAGUUGCUCUUGUGUUGUAUUGCGUGCUAGUUGUGUUAUUAUAUUAGUUGUAUUAUUAUAUUAUAUUCAAAAUGUGCGAUAUAUAUGGUGAACCAAGCCAAGGAAACGAUGAAUUCUUGGAAUUAUUAAAAUCUUGGGGCCUGCUAAAUGAAAUAAUUGAUACCCUGAUUGAACGGGGGGUUAAUUCCUUUCUCAUUCUUGAGAAAAUGCAAAUUGACGACGUUGACGCUUUUUUCAAUAGAUGUGACGCAAAAUAUUUCGGAGAACGCAUAAAAUUUAAAGCCGGUUUAAAGGAGUGGCGAACAAAAAAGGUAAGAUGAUUCCUUUAUUUUUAAAUUAUCAAUUCUGUUUAUAGAGCUAUGCACAACACAAGUAAUCGCCCAAGAAAAAACUUUAAUUUUGCUCUAAAAGCCAAAUUUUAAGUAAUUUUAAUUUGAAAGUUAGUGUGUGGAUUCUGUUUUUAAGGGUAUUCCAUUUAUUUGUGACCAAGAGACACAAACUGCAAACACCGAAGUCUUAGAUUGGCUGAAAAAAAUAUCCAGUGAUUUGUCUUCCGUCAAAUCGGGAGAAUGUAGUAUGCUACCUUGUUCGCCUCAAACGAAGAAUUUCAAUCUACGCGAGCUUUUAAAAACAUCAGUAAAGGGACAACUUGCUUUAAGUUAUCAAGAAAAACAUGGCUACUUGGACAGUAGAAACCAAAAAAAUUUAACACAUUGCAUCGUUGACAACUAUAUUGGUUUAGGACGCAAAAUGCAAUACUCAGAUAUGAGGGAAUGGGCGAAUGAAAUUGUUGCGGUAUUUCCUAAAGAAAAGAAGGAAUUUUACUUUUUGGAAAGAAAAAUGGGAAAAAAGAAUCCGAGUGGUAAAUUGUUCUCGCGUUGGGCUAAUGCCAUAAAGUUGGAAAACAAAGCCAAUCCUGUUACCCAGGAAGCUUAUGAAGAUGUUUUUGACGAUAACGUUUUGGAAAAAAAGUGUUGGUUGGCACAUAACUGCACACCUUGGGAAAAAAUUCUAAAUAUUGCAUUGUGUUGUUACUGCUCCAUGCGGUUCUUCAACCACAGCGUCGGAGUAAAACCCACAAACCAACGAUUGGUGACGCUCAAUCAGAGUUUAUAA